UCCACAACAACAACAAAAGAAGGAGCAGUCGGGAGGAAGCAGGAACAGCAGAGCAGUGACUCCCCAUGUACUGGCCUUAAAUUAAGCUUUUUUUAUUACAGAUAUAUAUUUUAUUUCUUCUGAGAAGAAACUAAGUUUUUCUAUUUUUGGAAAAAGGAACCAGUCUACCUCAGUUUUAAGGGUUUUAUUCAUAAAUCCUCGUUUACAUCUGUCUGCCGCAGGUCUCGUUUUGUACUUUUGCACUCUCGUCCGAUCGACCCUGACGUUGAGCGUGAUGUCCAGCCGCAGAUGAUCCAUGACCACACCUCUAUUGAUGCACUUUAACACAUUUCCGGAGCCUUCCCGAGCCGUGAACCCCGCAGCUGAUGACCAAAGCGAGCUCCCGCCGCCGCGCCUCCCCGCCGUCGCCCCGAGCCGCGCGCCUCCUCCUCCCCCUCCGAAGCCCCUCCCCCUGCCUCACGCCCCCACAGGAAGUCCAGGGAUGUUCCAGAGGUUCGCCAGCGCUCUGUUCGGGGACGACGCCGAGGAGCUGAGUCGACGAGGCGGGAACGGAGACGGAAAAGAGGAAGAGGAGGACGAUGAAGAGUGGAUCCUCGUCAACUAUCUCGCUGACUCCUGCUCCGCUCAGUGUGACGUCCUCUCCGGAUCCACAGCCGGUCCUCAGGAGGAGGAGGAGGUGGAGGAAGAGGAGGAGGACCUGGUGAUGAUCCCCUCCCCGAUGGCCAGCCCCCCCAUCCGCUACGCCUCCUGCACCUCCCUCAACUCCACAGCUGACGGCGGCGCUGAGGAGGAGGAUGAAGAGGAGGAGGAGGAGGAGGAGGAGAGCGGGUUCCUCCGUCUGGACGCCGCCUCCAUGGAGGAGAGCUGGUUCGUCACGCCGCCGCCGUGCUUCACGGGCCGCGGCGUGCAGCCCUCCCUCCUGAAGGCCAGCCCUCUGGAGAACCUGCUGAUCGAACACCCCAGCAUGUCGGUCUACGCCCACCACAGCCCCCCCCCACCCACAGCCCCCCCCCUCACCCUCGACCUGGAGCUGGGCCCGUUGCCUGGAAACGGGACGCCCGCCGCCGGGAAGGAGAAGGGGAGGCGCACGCUGGACGGCCCGCGACACAGACCUGAGGUGUCGGCCGUCCCUCGCCGCUCCAGCCUCCACUCGGCGUGCUACGCGGCGGCGCUCUCCGCCCGAGCCGGCCUCCUGCAGCAGCGGGGAAACGGCGGCCAGAGAAGCCAACCUCUGACCCGCAACGCCCUGAGACGCCUCAACCUGCUGAGGCCGCCCAAGACAAGCUCCGCCCACCUCCACCAGCCCAGCCAGAGACACCUCAACUUCUGAGGACCUUCAUCAUCAUCAUCAUCAUCAUCAUCAAGAAUUCAACACCAGCAACGUGUCAUCAGUCACAUCCACGAUCUGAAAUCUGAUUGGUCGGCAGGUCAUCAUGUGCCCCUCCCCUCCCUCUCCUCCUCCUCCUCUAGUUGCCAUGGUGAUGUCCUCUCCUUUUCCUCCCCUCUCUCUUCUUCUUCUUCUUCUUCUUCUUCUUCUUCACGGACAACUUAAUGAGUAGAAUCAAUGCUGUAGGUCACUUUACUCAGCGGCAGGUUCACGGCGUGUGGCAGGACGCUCACGGUGAUGUCACGGUGAUGUCACGGUGAUGUCACAGUGAUGUCACAGCCCGGUCAACUGUUUUUGGGGCAACUUCACCGUAACACAUUCAUUCAGGAGACAUUUUUUUCAGACCUUUGAAUCACUUGAAUGUGAAAGUUGCAGCGGCACAACGUUGCCGUUUAAUCAGUGCAGUGGAGGUUGUGAUAGUUGCCCAACAGCGUUGCCCAAAAGAAAGUUGCCGGUAGCAACGUCGUGCCCGUCAGUGUUGCGGCAGGAAAGUUGUGUGACAAUGAGUCAAAACGUAACAGGAAAAAUCCCCUCAAAUAGUCUUUUAUGUUACUUUGUGUAUUUUUUUCUAUAAAAUGCCGAGUUCCUACGUUUCCCAGAAUGCCACAGGAGAAAAGGUCAAAAAAAGGAGACGAUGUCAAAGUCAAUGUACUGCUUACUGUAAGACGGCAUUUAAUUAUAACAGAAAAUCUGUUAGAGAGUUUGAAUGGCGUCUCUAAACCUGGCAGGGAGGCUCUAAUGAAAACAUCCUGUUGAGGUGCAUUAUGGGAAAUGUAGGAUCCAGUGUUUCGGGAGUUUAAACCCAUAGAUUGUGACUUAAAGACGUCAUAUCACGGCCUCUGAUGCUUCGAUAUCGUCCGUUCUUUUUUAAAAUUUGUCUCUUAUCAGUCCUCCAAUUUAUGGAAGUUCAAUUCUACAUUGCUGUAGUACAACUUUAAAUAUUAAACAUGGAAAAAAACUAUAAAUAGUUAAAUUAUUGCCAUAAUAACAACACAUAUCAGCACUUUGUUUACUCAACCUUUGUUGGCACUUAAACGCAAAAGUUUUGUGACAUUUUGGAGUGAACGUGCUGCAUUUAAAGGCAAAACUGGAGGAUUUAGUAACGGACAGUUUCAUGAAUGACAAAGUCAAAACUUACGUUUUUCCAUAAAGUUUUGAUGGAAUUUUUCUGCAUUUUAAAUUUCUGAAUUCCUGCAGCGUCACGUUUCUUUAACAUCUCUUCUGUCGUCCUGCGUCGCCGGAUGAACCUGCCUCUGACUCUGUAAUUCAGUACUUUUCACAAUGUCUUUUUUUAAAAGAAAAAUGAAAAAAAAAAUACUGGGUUAGAUAUCACUAAACGCCUUGUUUUAACGGUAGAUUUGAGAUGAAUAGAAAUGUAUAAAAAAAACAAAUGUAUUUAAAAAAACAAAACUAAAAAAAACUUCCAAAAUAUUUUUUGAAAAGAAAAAAACAAAUUACAUAUCAGUAUGAAGUCGGUAUAUAUGCGUCUAUUUCUUGCUUCGGUAUGUUUGAUCACGUUAGUGUGCGAUCUGUUGCAUGGUUGUAGAGUUGUGUUUGUGUGACGAGGGUGGGGGGGGAAAAGAAAAUGGAAAAAUAGUUUUUUUAUUAUUUUGUUUGUUUGUUCUGAAAUGAAUCUGCAGUCUACUUCUCAGGGUCACAACCAAUCACCUUCACUCUCUAGGAAAAUGCAGAUUUACUUGACGGCUGAUGAUUCUUUCGUGCGUGCUCGGACGUUUUUGUUUUUCCAGCGAAAAAUGUUUGUGAGAAAUAAAUCGACUUUUUAGUUUUGUUCGUUUCGGUCCGAGGACUGAAAAUAAAAGUUCACUCUUUGACUGUUUGGAUCCAUCGAGAUGGAGAGAAACUGUUUUUCAGCUAUGUUUAUAUUUUAACUAACAAUGUACUUUAUGCUUUUUAACUAUUUCCAUGUUAACUUAGUUACAUUUUGUUAAACUGUUAAAAUAUUUAAACCAAAAAACGUAGCAGUGAUCUUUAACCUUUAAUCAGUUUAUAAUACUGAUUUAUUUUUGUUUAACUUUUUAAUGUUUGUUAACAGUUCUUGGCCUCUUUGCUCUGAUUAGUGGACUGAUGUUGGGAAAGUAGAGCCGAGGGCCGAAUCACCACACUGCAGGAGAGAAUAAGAAAAGACAAUAGAAUAAUAAAUAAUAGAAUAAAUGUUGGGAAUGAUGGACAUAAAGGCAGAUAGGUUGAGUCAAAAUAAUGAGAUGGAAUCUUAAAAUGAUUACUUUGAAAGUCUAAAUAACAAAAGACUAAAUCAUUAUUAUUAUCUUGCUAUGGGCCACAUUUAUGUCAUCAUUACGACUUAGUUUUUUACCUUUACAUCUCAUAAUUAAGACUUUUAUUUCUUAUUAUUCCUGACUUUUUCAUCAUUUUCCUUAUGACAUUAAUUGAUCUCCAUACGGAGUCUCAUUUCAACACUUUAUUAUUUUCUGAAAAUGUGUGAAACAUCUUCUUAAAAUCUGAUUAAAUCAUUUCAAAACAUGUGAACUCUUUCGACGUUCACGUUUUUGAUUUAUUCAAACACAUCAGCAUUAAAUAACCAGAACAAUAGAAGUCGUUUUAAAGUCUUUUGCAGUAGAAACAAGUGAUUUAUUUUGCAGUGUGGUUUCUGAAUCUCCAGGCACAGUAGCAUUAUUAAUAAAGCACUAACAAACGUCUCGACGGUUCGCUGUAAAUAAUCCAUAGCUGAGUGGUGUUUUUAGACUCUUAUUUCCUGAAUGUCUUUCUUUCUUCUUCUGCCACGGAGCUUUGCAAUCAUGGAUGAAAUUUUUGUUUAAAAAAAAAAAAGGCAAACUUAAAGACAGAAGGGAUCGGAGGAGACGGACGUGAUGAUCCGUCUCCUCCUGCUGUCGGAGCCUUUUUAUAUUCUAAAUGUUUUAUUCUUUUAUUUCUUCAGUUCAUCUCUCCAUCAUCAAACUAACAGGGAUUUGUAAUGUUUUUGUUUUUUGUUCAAUGCCUUGAAAUUUGUGGAUCUCGUGCCUUCCAGGUUGAAAUGUAAUGACAAUGCAUCAAUGAAGAACUUGAACUCCCUUUUUAUUUGUUUUUGAGUGGACGUAACAAGUAAAAAAACCACACAAACGGACAUCAGAAACCAGCUAUGCAUCAUGGGAGGAAGCUUCUCCUCUCCGUCCGCCCACAAACCUUUUUUUAAACAAUGACUCAACAGAAACCAGACAGAAUGAUGUAGCAACACCUCUUUUCUCCUUGUUUGUUUUAAGAAAGUGUGAAGAAUAUUUUGUGGCAUUUCUUUUUUAUGUUUCACCAAGUUUUAGAUGCUUUUAUUUUGUGUAGUUUACUGGAAUAAUACAGCACUUUGCCAAAAAAAAAAAGGUGUAGGAAUUAUAGGGUUAACUUUUUAUUUAUCGACAUAACUGGUCUCCUUCUUUGUAUUUUUUUUUUGGAUGUAUGAAAGAUCAAUUCACUCUGUUCUGAUGUCAAACAAAAAAAAAGCUAAUUAUAAGUGGGGUCAUCUGUUUUUGAACUGUUAUAGUUAAUACAUGUGAUCUCUCAUUAGCCUAUAAUAAUAAUAAUAAUAAUAAAUGUUUUCAUACACAG